GAGAAAAGACAGAAUCCGAAUACUAAAAAAAAUAAGAAAGAAUAUCGCCGCUUACAAAACUUUGCAAACAGCAGCAGGAUUGAAUAACAGCUUACUUUCCUCCGAAGAUAUUGGUUGCAGAAUGAAGCGUCAUUCAAUGCAAAUACGUCAUUUCCGUUAUCAGGUGGUUUGGCCUUGCGAAGAUGCAAGUGCAGAGUGAAAGGGUUUCCCUAUUGCGGUUCGCUGACUCUUAAGCAGUCAGGCAGCAACAAAAACAGCACUGGACGUAUUGGAAGUUCGGGACUACCUCCCUUCUUCUGCAGCUACUAGAAGUUGCUGCUCUCGGAACGUAGCUGCAGGAUGAUUAGCUUUUAACAGGAUAGUUAUCCGGUGACGGGAAAGCCCGAGGAUGAAGCGGAGAGCACCGGACAGAGGAGCUGGUGAAACAUCAGCCAGGGCAAAGGCUCUUUGUCCGGGGAUGUCUGGAAACAAUGCGAAACGAGCUGGGCCUUUCAUUUUAGGUCCCCGUUUAGGUAAUUCACCAGUACAGAGCAUUGUUCAGUGUUUGGCUAGGAAAGAUGGGACUGAUGACUUCUAUCAGUUAAAGAAAAAUAUUGUGCACAGAGACCUGAAAUUAGGAAACAUGGUGCUAAAUAAAAGAACACACAGAAUAAUCAUCACAAACUUUUGCCUUGGGAAGCAUCUAGUAAGUGAGGAUGAUUUGUUAAAAGAUCAACGAGGGAGUCCUGCUUACAUCAGCCCUGAUGUACUCAGUGGUAAAAUUGGCAGGCCAUCACCCUCAGAUCUAUGGGUCCUAAAAAUUACCAUGUAUUCACUGUUGUAUGGAAAUUUUCCGCAGUAUGCAUCCCUUCCCAACAGACCUUUCAGGCAGAUUGCCUCAGCAGAACAGACAACACCACAAGAUGGCCGUGUGUCUGAAAAUACUGUGUGCUUAAUCCGAAAACUACUGGUUCUGGAUCCACAGCAACGUCUAACUGCAUCUGAAGUUCUGGAUUCCCUUAAUGCCGUCAUAGCUUCAUGGCAGUCAGUGUCAUCCCUUGGAGGACCUCUGCAGGUAGUACCAGAUAUCGACGACCAGCUGAACAAUCCAGAAAAUUCUCAAGAGGCAAAAGUGACAGAAGAGUCCUCGCAGUAUGAGUUUGAAAACUACAUGAGGCAGCAAUUGAUGUUGGCAGAAGAAAAGAACACUAUUCAUGAGGCCAAAAGCUUCAUUCACAAACGUCACUGUGGCAACAUCCCACCGGUGCGACGAUUGGGACAUGAUGCGCAGCCUGUGAAUCCGUUAGAUGCUGCAAUCCUUGCCCAGAGAUUCCUACGGAAGUAGUCACCAGCAUUACCAGCACAAGUGACAGCACUGAUUAAUCUCUGCAAUUCUUGUGUUAAAGAUUUUAAGCAAUAUGGUGCCCUUCCUUAAAUGGAGUUAAGUAGCAGUUCACAAAUGCUCCAUUGAGGAUAAGUAAAAACUAAUUCAGAGAAGCAGUGAAUACUUGGCUGUGUUCUGGAAUACAUGUUUUUAAAUUGAAGAACCUAAACAAUUAAUCUGCUUUUAAUCAUGACUUAAAUCUACCUCUCUUCAACUUUUAACCAUGAUGUGAUCUUUAUGCUAUGGAUUUAUGAGACUAAAUGGGAGAAAAAGAGCAUUAGAAGAGAAUUCUGAUGGAUGCAUGAACAGUAUGGAGAGGUUUGCUACAGUACUUGUUUCUCCAUAUGAUCUGAAUAAGCUUCAUUUACUGUGCAUUAUAGAAGAAGCAAUUUCCGAACUUAGACACUGUUCUGAGAAAGUUUCCCAUUCAGAGUUUAUUUGCUUUGGUGUAUUUAUUCCUCAUUUCUUUGAUCUUAGAGAAGCCCUCUGCUGUAGGUGGAACACUUGGGUACAUCCUGCCACAUAGCUCUUAAAAUCUUUAGGUUCUAUAUGCUGCCUUAGAGCAAUGCACUGUGUCCUUGUGGCAGGACCUGGUGUAAAGACUUCAGAAUCCCCCGAUCUAGUAGUAGGAGUUUUCUGCAUUGUAUCAGCCGUUUUGGAUUUCCUUUCAUGUAGUGCCAAUCUUGGCAAUUCCCCCCAUUCUCAUACUCGAGGAAUGCGUUUCUGUUGCAAGUGCACACCAUGGUGUUGUACACAUUUGAGUAGUGUGUGCCUAGACUCUGCAUACUACCGUGCUUUCCUGCUGUUAUCUGCAUAGUUUAUUUUUCAGUCCUGGUAACUGUCAUGGAGGAACUGCUGCAGAAGCAAAAAAACUGUCUCCGCUUUGCUUUUAUUGUUUGAGAGAAGAGUAUGAUGUGAAGCACUAUGUUAAGUGCUAGUGUUUAAAUCCAAUCACCUGAAGCAAAAGUUCAUGCUUACCUUUCUUUUCACAUGAAAUCACAUAAAGCUGACAUUGAUCAUGGUCUUCAAGAACAGAGUCCUCCAGGUUAGCCUUCUAGUUAUUGCUUGUCUCAUCUCCCCCCUGGUAGUGAGGAGUCAGUCAUGCCUGUUCCUCUUCAGGUGGGGAUGAGAAGGAUGUGGAGGUUCAAACUUUCCACCUCCUACAGCUACAUUAAGGAGAGCACUAGCACUGCCAAACCCAGAGUGAGCAGACAGGCCAUACCCAAAACAUCUUUGCACCCAUGAAACACUCCCAAACAUCCCUUUGGUGCAUGACAAUUUGCAGUAUUUUGAACCAAGGACUUAUCCCUAGAGCCAGGAAAAUUGGGUAGCUUAGGUUGAGUGGGACCCUGAGGACAAACCCAUGCACUGUAUGUAUGUCAGCUGUUUGUAUGGUGGGAACCAUCCUCAGUGAUGUAGGAACACACCUUUGAGCAUGGGCUGGUACCAGUGCCAGGCCAUAGGCAAUCAUUUUCACCUUCUGCUGGUGCGUACUGUAGCUUCACUUGCCUACUAACCAUUCAGUCAUGUGAGCACAGGCCUUCCCAGCCAAGAGCUAGGAUGAAAAUAGGGCCUCCCACACUCUGUGUAUUGUAGAAGGGGUGUAGAGGACCUUAUUUCUGAGGCACUUAAGGACAGUGAGUCCUCUCCCAUAUAUCUUCCAGGAUGAUGACUCCAUGGAGAAAACCUUAGUCUAAUGAAGUCCUGUGUGGACGGGUGUGUUGCCCCUUUGCUACACCUCAGAAAUGUCAGUACGAGUCUAAGGGGCAAGGAACAACCAUCUUGGAUUAUCUAAUUUGUAAAGCCUAUGUUCUGGGAUGCCAUCUUUAAAUCCUGAAAGCAUCCAGAUAUUGCUCUGUCUGCUCCCAAGAAUGCCACCUGAUGGAUGCUUCACUAGCAGGGUGACCUGUCUUAUCUAAUCGAUGCAAAGAAAGUGGUACACCCACAGGAGAGGGAACUAUAUAUAUAUUGUCUAGAUCAAACCUCAUUAAAGAUGGUUUCACUCCCAUCAGUGAAAUACAGUUAUCAAAUGUCUGUCUACUUCCAGGAAACUGCAACAAACCUUUAAGUGUUUUGAGGUCUGUUACUGCAGUAGCACGUUUUCUGGAAUGUGAUUUAACUAGAUAGCCCUGCAAAGGACCACAGAAAAUCUGCCUAACAUCAUCUGAGGGAAACUAAUCUGAUUUAGACUUGGAACAAGGAAGACUGAGAAUGAAAAGCAGAAGAAAUGCAAAAUCUGUAUCUGGGUUCCUGGACCUGGAGUCAGCAGUCAAAGCAAUUGGUUGAUGACCAAAUAUGGCAUCCACUGUUUGUCAUUGGGGAAUCUAGUGUAAAUUGAUGCUACUAAUACAAUAUCCAGAAGUGCUGAUCAGAGAGAGAUCAUGCAGGAAUAGAGCUAGUGUCGGUGGACACUGAAGUGACACUGCUACAGGAGGUAGUGGUCCACUUGUCUUCCUGAUCAACAGGUUUCCCCACAAGAGAUAAAACAGGCAAUGGAAUCGGGAAACAGUUGGCACCCCCACUGCCAUUACUGUGAUCAAGUAUUCUAGAGGUACCAUGAUGAAAUGCCUUUAGAUCAGACAGAUAAGUGCUUGGUUGUGAAGAUGAUGCAAUAAAUCUUGAAGCACCUACUGUGCUUUCAGAAGCAAUUUUAUCAGUAGAUAAAGUGGGCCUUGCUCUAAUGGAAAACAAGAACCUUAUCCAGCUAUCCGUCAAACACAGCAAUAUCAAGAUGUAUGCUUAUUCUAAUGUGCAUUUCCUCAUACACUCCAUGAACUGCUUCAUAAAAAAAAGGCUCAUAGAGCUGCACAACUUGUACCAUUAACAGCAAGCGGGUAAACUGCUGCAUGUUGUCUUCAUAAUUUAUAAAUUUUGCUAUUUUUUGUUAUAUAUUCACAUGGCGUUUACAAUGUAAAACACCUGUUAUCUGUUUAUUGUAAUGUACUCUGUUAAUUUACUUAUUAUUCAUUAUUUAUGAAGUAGUGUUGGCUGCAAAAGGACACCUAUAAUGCAGUCCAUGUGCCUGUCAGAUUCUUUCUGAAUCUCCUCUGCUUUGAGUUGUGGGCAGUUUCUUGUCUUUGAAGUCUGUGAUUCUGCUCUAGCUAGCAAACCAGUUUGUUGUGUAUAAAUAAUCAGUGAUACCUAGUAGUGCUCCCUGCAGAAAGGCAGUGCAUGUUUGAUAGAUGGCCUUAGAAAGAGGAAGCUUUAUAGCAUUUCAUAGCACAGUUAGGUGAACAAUAGUGGCUAAUACUCUCUGCUUACACUUCUGAUCCUUAGCCAAGGUCUAAUCCCAAAUUUCAGUGACUUCAGUCUUCUACUUGCAUGACGUUUUGUUUGGUUGUUCUUAAAGUCCUGAAAUGAUUAACUUUUGGCACUUCAGUGUUUCAUCAGUGCACAGGACAUACUUUGACACUUCCUUUAUUCCGGAGGUUUUACAAAGAUUUUAGUCAUAGUAGCAAAUAUGCUGUACAGUAUCCUGGCCUUCUGGUGUUUCUUUACUGAUGUAACUGAUUUUUUUGGUACCCACCCAGGUUUGCAUGGCACUGGGACUUGCCCUUGCCUGUGCAGUCAGUUGCAUUCACCAUUGUUUGCAUCUUCCUGUUCUGCAGCUUAUUCUGGAUUCUGGACACUGUCUAGAACCACACCGUUUACCUGUGUUGGGGAGAGCCCAGAGCAUCCAGAGAUGUGACGUCUUGGGUUGCAUCAAAUAAGUGAAUCGAAGCCCACUUACCGUUAUGCCUCUUGUCACUGCUGGCAAUGACACUGUUCACAAUCCUGCUGAAGCAUCUUCACAUUCAAGUCCUACAGUGGUUUAUCUGCUUCCAGUAUCUUCAUUUAUUUAUUUUUUCCUGGAUGCCUUCACUGAUUGAUACCCUUACCACUUGUCCUCUGGUUUGGAGAGUUUUGGCUCACAACCUGAAAAUCAACUUUUCAUUCCCCAAGGCAAUUUUCCAGCUUCAGGAGCAUUUUUCACAAAGGUUGGGUUUUUCAUGGUCCAGAACCAUUGAAGUGUCUUAAAGAACUGUCUUCAUAUUGGUUUCCUCGAUCUGAGGGCUCUGCCUCUAGCCCAACAAGCCCUGAAAAUUUUCUUGAAGCCAAACUUUACCUUAUAAGACUGGACAGUCACAAGGUAGUACAGCACCUGAACAAGGGAGGAGUUUCACUCCUACCCUUCACUGUGGAAAGUGUAAAUUGGGACAUCAGCUGCUGUAUUUUCUUUGACUGCUCCUUCUCUAGGGUAGUACAUUUUGCUGGUAGGCACUUUGAGUCAUAGUUUUAACCCCUUUUCGAAGUUCAUAAUGAUAGAGUUCAGAUGUUCACAGAAUUUAACUUGUUGACUGUGAAUGUGCAGUGCUACUGUUUUCAGAGCAAAGACCGGGAGUGAUCACUAGAUUUAUUCUUAGUGUAGUGUUUGGAAGGUUUUUCCAUGUACCUCUCACUCUUCUCGUUCCUCACCUCUUGGCAGAAUUGACUGCAAAUAAAGUAAAGCUGACUGUAGUCACUAUGUAGUGACCCUGAAGAUCUUGGCUUCAGAGCCUUUGAAUCUUGAUCCCUCCAGUGAUGCCUACUCUGAAAGUUAUGGAGACAGUGUAUGGUGGCGAACCCACUGCCUCCAACUGAAAGCAUGACUCUUGUAGUAGGUUCGCCUCAACCAUUUCAGCUGGCCAGAGAGAUAUGGGAGAUGUUAUGAGUUUGCUAGAAAGUUUUCACGGAUUACUUUUAAUGCUAAGUAGAAAGCUUCUCUGUCUUUGUCAAAAGAGAUCUUCUCUCCCCUCUCAGAUUAUAAAUCACAUUUGGCUUACUUCAAUUUGAGUGUCUCGUGGUACAUGUUUUGACUAUUUUAGCAUGUCUUCAGUUCGAUGGAAGGCAGGACUGUUUUCCAGUGCAGACAGGGAAACGGUUCCUGAAAGAUUCAGGGUGCAUGACAAAAUCUGACUUCUGAGAAAAAUGUGUUUCUGUCUUCAGAUGUGAACUUCAUGAUCGACAUGCUGCUGCUUUUACUUUGCAGUUGAAUUGGUUUGGCAGACAUGAAGUUUGUAUCCUUAAAAGGUAUUCCUGUUGGCCUGCACAUCAAUCUACAGGAUUUCUGCAUUUUGGACUCCUGUGAGAAGAUCUGUAUUUCAUUUUCCACAAUGACCAAGCGUUUCUGGACAAAUGCCCAUUUUUUUUCUAGAAGGUAUAUUCUAAGCUGGUAUUCAUGUAGUCUGUUCAUCUUUUAGCUUCGUUUCUGGGCAUAAAAAAAUGUAAAAUGGUCAUCUCUACCUUUGGAUGUUCCUUGUCAGCUGUGAAUCUUCUUCUGUAGCUUUCAGGAGCACAGACACACACACGGAUCAUCUCUGCUUGCAGAUAGAGGAUGUUAGUUAUCAAACUUGAUAUCUGAAUGGAUCAUCUGUGUUUGUGUUACCUGCCCAUGAUAGUUAGAGGACUACACUCUGAUGAAGUGGCUGCCCUGGUGGCAUGUUUCAGGAAUGUGUCUGCUGCCCAUGUCUGUGCUGCAGCUACUUGCUAUUAGUGCACGUUUCAGUGUUUUCCAACACAGGCAGUCUAGGGGGUAGAAUGCCCUUUGGAUGGGAUACUGUCUUGAAGCUGUUCUAUCUUGCUUCUGCUACUUUGCUGGGGUGUCUAUGGACAUUUUUAGAAAGUGUUCCAUUCAUCUGCUGCAGAAUGUUCCUCAGUUAAGAGUAUCUGUGGCGUCAUUUACACAUCAUCAGUUGGACUUUUAAGAUGUAUGCCUGCAAUGGGUUCAGCAACUGGUGUAUGAGGACAUACCCCAGAACAUUGGGUGUCAUGAAUGGGCUACAGGAGGCAUGAUUAUCCUAAAGGAAGGGAGAUCAAAGAGAAGGAUGUACUCAAAUAUUUUAACCACUGUAGAGGACCCAAAGAUCAAUUUAUAUGGUGAGUACUUGCAUAUUUGUUAUUUUCUUACAUUUCAUUCUUUGUAUAAUAGUUACAAAUUCAUUCAUGUGUGUGUGUGUGUACACAUAUCUAGCUAUAAAUGCACAUACCCACAAAAUAUGGUGGAGUAAUAUUGUCUGUCAAUUUUAGAGUUCUGGAUCAGUGACAUAAUGUUUAGGUUACUGGGGCAGCUAACUUAUUAAGGUAAAAUCUUAUAGACAAAGGAGUAAUGUAUGUUACUGAUUAAAUAUAGUCUAGAGAAUUUUGAGCCCUAUCCUCAGAAACGUGUUUUUCCCUCUUUUUAAUCAUUCUUAUUUCAGUUGUUAGCUAAAAUGUUAUCAGUAACUAAUGCUAAAGCCUCUCAGUUUUUGUGUUUUUACUUUGUCUUUGCGGUACAGAUCUAAUAUAUAAUUUAUAAUGUGAAAAAAAUCCCCAGAGUAAACUACAGCUUUAUCAUCUAGAACUAGCUUUUCUAUUUUUAAUACAGGGUAUUAUUUUUUCCACUCUAGAAGAUGAUUAAGUGUAAUGAAUGCUGGCUGAUAAAGCAAGUAACUGUCUUAAAAAAUAAGUGAUGUUUUACACUGUGAUGUAUUUUCCUUGUUUAAUGAACAUAUAAUGCUGGUCUUGCCUGAACAAGUGUAUUCAUAAGAAGACUAUCACAUUAGGCCACUGUCCCUGGUGAUUCACAACAAAUAUAUGAAAUACAAGAAAAAAAUGUAUUGAAACCUGUGUGGAAAUUGUUUUGCAUCAACUCAUGCUUGUUCCCCUUUAGUUUUGAAUGUAAAGCUGUUGAAUGUGCAGUGAUUAAGUUUAUGUAUUGGCAUCUUAGAAUCUUUCAUCAGUUUGAGGCUUUCUAACUAUGGAAUACUAAAACUUUAGUUGUAGUACCCAGCCUUGAAGUGAAAAUGGCAUCUGUAAUAAGAUAAACUGUUGAGAGUGGGUUUUUCAGAGAAAAAACAUAUCUAGACAUUUUGUAACAUUAUUGAAUGUGUGCUCAAAUGCAAAUGUACAUGCUGCACUACAGACCACUGUUAACCCACUGACCAUCCUCCUCCUGCAUUUCCCCAUACGUAUGCAUUUGGAGCUGAAUAGACAAGUCACACAUUUUGUAUUACACCAAUGGGUGGGGGUGCUGUUUUAUGGGGGGGGGGGGGUUCAUGCAUUUCACCAGAACACACAGUGUAGUUUCACAGAUGCAGCAUGAGCACUCCUGCCAGUGUCCAUUGUAGGUAGGCAGACUUGCCUACCCAUCCUUUUGGAAUGUACCAGACCCACCACUAAGGGCACUUGACAUCUUCCAGAAGUCCAUCACCAUCCUUAAUCAGGAAAACAGCCCUUCACAUGCCCGUCCAUAAUGAACAUGGCUGAGCCCUUUGGUUCUUUUCAUGAAACCUAGUUGCUAGUGGUACAGAUGACACUGUGCUACUGUGUCCAGUAGGUUUACUUUUUAUAUGAGGUACCGUUUAAUGAACAUAAGUAUUUGCCUAAUCAUCCAUAGUAUGUAAAGCACUAAAACUGUAUUCUUUCCUCAUGGUUUACCAAGUAGCAUUAACAUGUUAGAACGGGGCAUUGUAAUAUUUUUUUUUACUGUAAAAAGAGAAUUAAAUGUGUUUCUGUUUGGAAAUGUU